GAGAGGGAGAGAGAGAGAGAGGGAGAGAGAGAGAGAGAGAGGCAAAUUAUGUUAUUUUUCUUGAGUUCAACGCAAUCUUCCAGUAACCCUGUCAUAGCGCAGCCUUGGAUGACUGCUCCUAUGAUUAAAAGAAUUUGCCAUGCAUUGAUGCUACUGACUGUGGAUUCGUAAUGGUAUUCUGUAUGCGUCAAUAAUGCAUAUUGAGGCUAGACUAUCCUGAGAUGAACCUGUGUUAUUUAAACGGGCAGGGUAACCCUUUACUGUCCAUUAUAUAUAUAUAAAAAAUUUAAAAACAAGAUGCAAUCUACUCUCAAUAUGUCCAAAGUGCAUGCAUCAAUGACUGAUCCCAGUCGUAGAAAAAAUAAAGAAAUAAUAAACAGUAAUCUCAUUUUCUUGUUUUUGCGCCAUAUCGCUUGGGAGGUUGUCAAACGCGAUUCCAUCCAGACAUCCAUAUUAUUCUCAACAGCGUGAUAAUGUACGAUGCCUACUGGCUGUGUAAAUUCGAUGCGCUUCGCUUGAAAUGAGUGAGUGUGUAGAACAUGCGCGACUUUAAGACUGAUGGAGGGAUUUUGGGGCUACUGAUACCGCUCUCAGUGAGCAGAUGUUGCCGGGAAAGACAGCGCUACCGCAUCCAGAGACGAGACGCGGCUUGGAUCGCAAAUAGGUUCAGUGCGCAUGCGCUCUCGGUGCCGCUUACUGUAUAUUCACGGUGGGAAAACGAAGAACGGGCAACGAUACCAGUCUUUUAAAACAGCAAAGUGACUUCUGCUAUAUAAUUAGUCUCCGGGGAAACAAACUGGGAAAUCAACAGUGCCUGUGGAUCAUGAGACUGGACUGAAGCGAGUCUCAUGAUUCCUCCUCCUCCAUCUAUGGCGAACUACAGCCAUGCGGCCGAGCACAGCUUCCUGCAGACCGUCUCCCCACUGGCCACCUUCCUCAAGCUGACCUCCCUGGGAUUCAUCAUCGGCGUGGGCGUGGUGGGCAACCUGCUCAUCUCCAUCCUGCUGGUGAAGGACCGCAGCCUGCACCGCACGCCGUACUACUUCCUGCUGGACCUGUGCGCCUCGGACGUCCUCCGCUCGGCCGUCUGCUUCCCCUUCGUCUUCACCUCCGUCAAGAACGGCUCGGCCUGGACGUACGGCGCGCUCACCUGCAAGGUGAUCGCCUUCCUGGGCGUGCUCUCCUGCUUCCACACCGCCUUCAUGCUCUUCUGCGUCAGCGUCACGCGCUACCUGGCCAUCGCGCACCACCGCUUCUACACCAAGCGGCUCACCUUCUGGACCUGCCUGGCCGUCAUCUGCAUGGUGUGGACGCUGUCCGUGGCCAUGGCGUUCCCGCCGGUGCUGGACGUGGGGACGUACUCCUUCAUCCGGGAGGAGGACCAGUGCACGUUCCAGCACCGCUCCUUCAGGGCCAACGACUCGCUGGGCUUCAUGCUGCUGCUGGCCCUCAUCCUCCUCGCCACGCAGCUCGUCUACCUCAAGCUCAUCUUCUUCGUCCACGACCGGCGGAAGAUGAAGCCGGUGCAGUUCGUGCCGGCCGUCAGCCAGAACUGGACCUUCCACGGGCCCGGGGCCAGCGGCCAGGCGGCCGCCAACUGGCUGGCGGGUUUCGGCAGGGGCCCCACCCCGCCCACCCUGCUGGGGAUCCGGCAGAACACCAACGCGGCGGGGCGGCGGCGCCUGCUGGUGCUGGACGAGUUCAAAACGGAAAAGAGGAUAAGCAGGAUGUUCUACGCCGUCACCUUCUUCUUCCUGGCGCUGUGGGGGCCCUACCUGGUGGCCUGCUACUGGAGGGUGUUCGCCAGGGGCCCCGUGGUGCCCGCCGGGUACCUGACUGCAGCCGUCUGGAUGAGCUUCGCCCAGGCCGGGGUCAACCCCUUCAUCUGCAUCUUCUCCAACCGGGAGCUGAGGCGCUGCUUCAGCGCCACCUUGCUUUACUGCAGGAAGUCCCGGUUGCCUAGGGAACCCUACUGCGUUAUAUGAAGGUCUGGCUUUUCCGCGGCUGGUCGCGCGGUCGCUCAUAACGCCGUAACGGUGUUCCGCCUUCUUCAAGGACCUGGCGGAAAUCGAGACUGUCGGCUGUUAACUUCAGAACACGAUUAAAAGCAACAUGCGAGGGGGGAGGGGACGCCUGUGGAAUAAUCUGCUGGAACAGAAGUGUUUAUGUUCUAGUAAACCGUUGCUCUGGAAACACUUUUGGAAGCUACAGAGAGCUCAAUGGAUCAAAACACAAAGACUCAGCCCCAUGUAUCGGAUAUCUGAAGAUUUUUCUAUAAUCUGUGGAUUUAAG